AUGCCCUCGGGAAGCAUCUCGCGCCCCAAGCUGCGGCAGGCCACUUUUGUCCUCCCGCGAACGGGCCAGCGCUUGAAGGGACUCGUGAGCCUGCGCAACCCCACGCAGCGACCAGACUCAACGACCGAUCAUGACGAACGGCGCGGGCUGCUCUCCGGCCAAACCAACCGCCAAUCCGUAAUCUCGAGCUGGUCGCGAGGAUUGUGGACGCAGGCGCAUCAGUUCCUCACCUCCGAGCCGGGCAUCGGAGUCGUCAAGUGCAGUUUAGCCUACUUGCUCGGCUCUCUCGCCACCUUCAUCCCCCCGAUCUCCGCGUUCCUAGGCCACCAGGAUGGCAAGCACAUGGUGGCCACGAUCACCGUCUACUUCCACCCCGCCAGAUCCCAGGGAAGCAUGUACAAGGCGCUGCUCUGUGCGCUGCUGGCCUUUUGCUAUUCCGCAUUUCUCUCCAUUACCAGCAUGGUGGUUGAGGUCUUCUUCCAGGACACUAUGCACCUGCCGGCCCUCGGUCAUGGCUUGGUGCUCAUCGUGUUCUGUGGCGGUGGACUGGGCUUCGUGGGAUGGACCAAACAGCGCCUGGGCGAUCCCCUCGUCAAUGUGGCAUGUUCCCUCACCUCGUUGUCGACCAUCACGGUCCUGACCAAAGAGGGCGCCGUGCAGAGCGGUGACUUUUCGUUCGCCAAGAUCUCGCAGGUCCUGAAAAUGGUCUUGAUGGGCGUCGUAGCGGCCAUGACCGUCUCUUUCGUGGUUUUCCCCAUAUCGGCACGGAAGAAGCUCCGUGCAAAUCUGGUCAUCGUAACGGACACGCUGGCCGUGAUGCUGGCCGCGAUCACCGAGAGCUUUCUCAGCGGGUCUGAGGAAGAAUUGAAGUCGACCGAGUUCAGGGACGCGGACACAAAACAUAAAAAGGCCUACAGCCAGCUGGAUAAGCUGGUCCGAGAGGCCAAGCUGGAGCACUAUGUGGCAGGCACUGAGAAGGAGUAUCGAUUGGAGAAAAAGCUCGUGCGCUGGGUGCAAGACAUCACUCAUAACAUGGGCGGAUUGCGCAGCGCCGCCGAACUGCAGUUCAGUCUGAUCAAAGAGACAAUCGCGCGCGAGUACGGGCUGGAUGACCAACAAGCAUCGUCUAGUCUCCGCCUGUUUUCGCCUCUGGAGCGAUCAUGGUCCUUUGCCGAAGGAUCUUUUCUAGAGCCCAUCGAGGAACGGCCGGAGGAAGAUCUGUCACCAAACGGAAGCUUUAUACACAGCCCUAGACCCGCUGCUCUCCUUCCAGCAGAGGUGUUCACCAUCUUUAUUGGCCAUUUAGGUCCUUCUAUGCGAUCACUGGCUUUUACCCUCAAAGAAAUAUUUAACGAAAUUCCCUUCGGCCAGGCACCGGACUACAAAGUUUCGGUCGAUAGUCGGCUCCAGACAAGCCUCAGUCGCGCUCUCGAACUUUACCGAGAAUCGCGGGAGAGGACGCUUACAGUGCUGUAUCAGCAGAAAGAAGUCAUGAAUCUGCAGAGCCAUGACGCCGCUGCCGAUCUGGAGGAAGUAUCGGCCAGCUGCGCUCACUUCAGUUUCUCACUAUUGGAGUUUGGAGAGCAGCUAUACGACCUGCUGCUAAUUCUAGAUGAAUUGCAACUGGAAGUCGAAGAGCGACCCAAUGGGAGAUCCUGGAACUGGUUGAAAUUUUGGAGGUGGUCAAAGGGGAAAGAAGCAGAUACAAUUGGAAACUUCACUAUCGACUCACCUUCCGCCGCCGGUCUUAGAAUCGAUGAAGAUUCCCCAAGGGUCAAUCGAACUAUUCACGGAGAUCCAUCUGCCACAGCGAACGCAAAGAGAAGGCUCGGUUACCGCGUCUGGAAAUCCCUGGAAUUCUUUCGUCGGGAUGACACCAAAUACGCCAUCAAGGUGGGCGCUGGGGCCGCUUUAUAUGCAUUGCCAUCAUUUCUUCCCUCCACCAGACCUUUCUACCAGCACUGGAGGGGGGAAUGGGGCCUGGUGUCAUACAUGUUGGUCUGUUCUAUGACAAUCGGUGCCUCCAACACCACAGGAUAUGCACGGUUUUUGGGAACGAUCCUCGGAGCACUCUGUGCCGUUGUGGCCUGGUAUCUGACGGCGGGCAAUGUCUUUGGCCUCGCAUUUCUGGGGUGGCUGAUGGCGCUCUGGCCCGCGUACCUCACCAUAGUCAAGGGAAAUGGACCUAUGGGACGGUUCAUCAUGCUUACUUACAACCUAUCAGUGCUGUACGCCUAUUCAUUGACGCAGAAUGAUGUCGAAGACGAUGAGGACGAAGGGGGAAGGCACCCGGUUAUCACGGAGAUCGUGUUGCAUCGGGUGAUGGCUGUCCUGUCUGGCUGCAUUUGGGGCAUCAUCAUCACCCGAGUGUUCUGGCCGAUUAGUGCACGCAGAAGAUUGAAAGACAAUCUCAGUCUCCUUUGGCUGCAUCUGAGUCUCAUCUGGAAGCGGGACCCGCUGUCAUCGAUGGUCCAAGGCAGCACCACUGUCGGAUACAUGAAUCCUCGGGAGAAGCUGGAGAUCGAACGGUUUCUGGCCAAGAUAGAGUCCCUGCAGGCCUCUGCGCGCUCCGAGUUUGAACUGAGAAGUGUUUUUCCGGACGCAGAAUAUGGCAACAUCAUCCGUCGCACCCGGAGCAUGGUGAACGCGUUCCAUGCGAUGAAUCUGGAGCUUGUCAAGAACGUCACUGCCACCGAGGGCGAGAUCAAUUUGCUUCGCUAUACCGCAGCUGAACGGCAGCAGCUCUCUGCCCGCAUCAGCCAUCUUCUCUCCGUCAUGGCUUCGUCGAUGAAACUCGAGUAUCCGCUGAGCGACGUGCUUCCCAGCAUCGAUCAUGCGCGCGACCGGCUACUUGCUCGCAUCUAUCGCUAUCGGCAGGAUCGGGAAGUGUCUCAAAAAACCACGGAUGAGGACUGCGCUCUCCUCUAUGCAUAUAUUUUGGUGACUGGACAGUUGUCGAGCGAAAUCAUGGCCAUCAUCGGCGUAAUCGGGCAGUUAUUCGGGGUUCUGAGUGAAGAUGUGGUGGCGCUGGCGUAG